CAACGUGACUUAAGUCGUGGCUGCCCCUUCUCCAUCUACUACUUCUCCUCCUCAUUCAUUCCCACCUAACACACACACACACACACCCUUAUAAUAUUACUUAUCACACUUCCAUUCUCUCUAUCACCACACCACACACGUAAACACAUUCAGACACCACCAUGAUAACUCUAGCUCCUUCUCUUGAUACUCCAAAAACUGAUCAAAACCAAGUUUCUGAUCCCCAAACUAGCCAUGUCUUCAAAUCAAAAUUACCAGAUAUCCCAAUCUCCAACCACCUCCCUCUCCACUCCUACUGCUUCCAGAACCUCUCCCAAUUUGCCCACCGCCCUUGCCUCAUCGUCGGACCCGCCUCCAAAACCUUCACCUACGCCGACACCCACCUCAUUUCCAGCAAGAUCGCCGCCGGAUUGUCCAACCUCGGAAUCCUCAAGGGCGACGUCGUCAUGAUCCUCCUCCAGAACUCCGCCGAUUUCGUCUUCUCCUUCCUCGCCAUCUCCAUGAUUGGCGCCGUCGCCACCACCGCCAACCCGUUCUACACCGCCCCGGAGAUCUUCAAGCAGUUCACCGUCUCCAAGGCGAAGUUGAUCAUAACACAGGCAAUGUACGUGGACAAGCUCCGCAACCACGACGGCGCGAAGCUCGGCGAGGACUUCAAGGUCGUAACCGUCGACGAUCCGCCGGAGAAUUGCCUCCACUUCUCUGUCCUCUCGGAGGCGAACGAGAGCGACGUGCCAGAGGUGGAGAUCCACCCGGACGACGCGGUGGCGAUGCCGUUCUCCUCCGGCACGACGGGUUUACCUAAAGGAGUGAUUCUCACGCACAAGAGUUUAACCACGAGUGUGGCGCAGCAAGUUGACGGAGAGAACCCUAACCUCUACCUCACCACCGAGGACGUGCUCCUCUGCGUGCUUCCGCUCUUUCACAUAUUCUCGCUCAACAGUGUGCUAUUGUGCGCCCUCAGGGCGGGGAGUGCAGUUUUGUUGAUGCAGAAGUUCGAGAUCGGGACACUGCUGGAGCUGAUACAGCGGCACCGAGUGUCGGUGGCGAUGGUGGUGCCCCCGCUGGUGUUGGCGUUGGCAAAGAAUCCGAUGGUGGCGGAUUUUGACCUGAGUUCAAUACGGUUAGUGCUGUCCGGAGCUGCUCCCUUGGGGAAGGAGCUCGAGGAGGCUCUCCGGAACAGGAUGCCUCAAGCUGUUUUGGGACAGGGUUACGGGAUGACAGAAGCAGGGCCAGUGCUGUCCAUGUGCUUGGGCUUUGCAAAGCAACCUUUCCAAACAAAAUCAGGCUCUUGUGGUACCGUAGUCAGAAAUGCAGAACUCAAGGUUGUUGACCCUGAAACUGGUCGUUCUCUUGGCUACAAUCAACCCGGUGAAAUUUGCAUCCGAGGGCAACAGAUCAUGAAAGGAUAUCUGAACGAUGAGGCAGCGACAGCAUCGACCAUAGAUUCAGAGGGUUGGCUUCACACCGGUGAUGUUGGCUACGUAGAUGAUGAUGACGAAAUUUUCAUUGUUGACAGGGUGAAGGAACUCAUCAAAUAUAAAGGCUUCCAGGUGCCCCCUGCAGAACUUGAAGGGCUUCUUGUAAGCCAUCCCUCCAUUGCAGAUGCAGCUGUUGUCCCACAAAAGGAUGUUGCUGCUGGUGAAGUUCCUGUUGCCUUCGUUGUGAGAUCAAACGGCUUUGAUCUAACUGAAGAGGCUGUAAAAGAGUUUAUAGCUAAACAGGUAGUGUUUUACAAAAGACUGCACAAAGUUUAUUUUGUUCAUGCUAUUCCCAAGUCUCCAUCAGGAAAGAUAUUAAGGAAAGACCUCAGAGCAAAGCUAGAAACCGCCGCCACUCAGACGCCUUAAAGGCUAGCUAGAACCUGCCCCCUUUUUUCUUGGCAAUAUUUUCCUUAUUUUUUAUUUAUAUUAUUGGUUUCACACGUGUAAUUUACGUAUCAAUGCUUCACGGCAUUAAGCCAAUCCGAGAAGCAGUUGCACUUACGUAUAAUCAUUGUAUUUUUAUGUCCAUUGUCCACCACCAUGUCUGUAUUGUGGUUUUAGAUCACUAAUUUUCGAGACCUUGUAUUAUUGGUGUUAUCAAAUCCUUGCUAUUCUUCAUCUUCUUCA